AUGCUCAGUGUAUUCCAAGCACGCUUUCAGCGCCUGGAGACAGCUCUGAAUACGCUGGUCGAAUCAGUUGCUGCAUACAACCCGUCUGUCUCGGCAGCAGAUGCACUAGUCGCAGCCGACGAGGAUUUGGAGGAGAGCUUGGGACAGCUCGCCGUCCAUCAUGCAAACUAUGCGCGAAUCCUCGAACUACGAGCCACAGCCGACGCCCUAGAUGAAAAGAUCAAGUCCACUCUACGAACCCUAGCCGACACACGCAAAGAACUCCUCGAUAUUCCCUCCUCACAACUAGCUAAAAACACCCGUCAAGUCGGCGUCGAGGAAUUGCUCUCAUACGCAAAAUUCAUCUCAAAGACCACCGUCCCACCUACUUUCCGCGGCCACAUCUCUACGGAGCUCCUCUCAAAACCACAGCCUGUGACUGCAGAUGUACCAACCACGCAGAUCACAAAUGGCAUGGCCACACCUGCCGCUAAUGGCGACAACACGAGCACAUCUGAUCAGCCAGAACAAACAGAGAACAGAGCUGUAGCCACCCUCAGUGCAGAAACAAAGGCUAUGCUAGACCCGCUGUCUCAACUUCCCUUCGUCCCCUGGCCAUCGCAGGACGUCAUUCGUAUGGGAGCUCUAGCCACGAUCCAAGGCAUGAUCGAAGACGGCACCGACCCCACCACAGUUCUGAGUGCAGAAGAGCAAGAGGCGAGGGACAAGCAGAGACAGGAAGAGGAGGAGAGACUUCAGGCAGAGCAGGAAGAAAGAGAACGCAGGAGAAGAGAGGAUUGGGCUGCCAGAGGCGGUGGUGGUAGGGCUGCUAUGACCGAGGAUGUCUUUGACCCUGAUGAGCUUUAG